CUGGGCCCUGGAUUCAACGAACCUCUCCUUGCAAAUACUUGAUUAUCAUCUUGUUUAUUUCUGGUUUAUAAAUUGUUUGAGUAAUUACCAUUUCCCACGUGAAAUUGCCCGACGUGGUUUUGAUUGCAGCCUCUUACAAUUUAUUACCGCAGUUUAUUUUUAAAUGUGAUUUUCGAGAAGGUUAACAAGUUCAAAGGGUCUGAAGUGAGCAGAAAAUUGUUACAAGUACCGCGUAAAAAAAGAAAACACAACUUUACUCUAACUAUUCACAUGGGCUUAUCACUUAUGUCAUCUGAAAAGAUGAAGCCAUGGCAAAACUUGACAAGAAACGUCUGAAAUGCUCGUGUCUUCUCGUCACACUAAUUUACUCGUGGCAGACAGAAAUAGACAGCCUUCGGAUAUGAUUAAAGAGCACUGGAAUAGAAUAACUUCUCUGUUGCCAUAGAAACUUUUGUUUAAAGGCGACGAAUCGUGACAAAACCGCUCAAUUCAUUGGUCAAAAGCUUUUCAACAUUGAAAAGGGAGCUAAUCACUAGAGCAUUUUUACCGUCACCUUAUUUGCCGAGAUUAACUGGAUGGCCGAGCAAAGGAAUGCAUUUUGUAUUGGGUACCUUAGAAAUACGUGCUGGUAAAAAUUCCUGUUUUAAUUUCGAGAGAAAUUCACCUCAGCUGUUCAAAAGAAACGUAAUCAGACCGGAAAUAUCUGAAAUUUGUGUGUAUGGUUUGAUAACAGCUUGUACACCACACGAACUGGUUCAAAUUCACUCACGCUAAACUUUUCGCAAACAACUGCUACGUUUGCUCACUGAGGCAAAAGCGUCGAAAAACAAACAGUUGUACUUGUCGCCGUUGAAUGACCACCGAGCAAAUGUCGAACGCGCGCGAACGAAAGAAUAGAGGUGGCCAGAUUUUCGACGAAAACAGCAACGGAAUAAAAGAUGCGAAAUUCCUGAGUCCGAAUUCAUCCACGAAAAGUCUCGAUGUGUCCUCUGCUUCAGACAACGACUCCUGGGCCUCAGAAGAUUCGUACCCAGACGAGCUACCCUCACCGCCAGUCCAGUGGAAAUCGGAAAUUCCCUGGACACCCGAUCGCCGCAAAAGUUCUAUAAAAAAACCUCAAUUUCAACUCGACCCAAUCGCGGUUCAGCUAAAUGAAUUCUACGAGAAUCGUGUGAGAAUAAGCUUGGAGCGUAAGGAAAUCUGUGAAGAAAUCGCUUACAAUGCAGUGCACAAAUGUUUCCGUAAAAUCCAAAUGGUGGAUAGACGAUUCCGUGCCAAUAGCGUCGUUUCUCAGGGAAUUCCGUACGAUGGAUUACAAGCUGAAGAAGCCAUCCAGAUGGACAUGCUUGUUCAAUUGUCCCCAGGAAGAAGUUCAGCCAUGUACACCGCGUACGAUGAGCGGACGGGCGGAAUGCGCGUGCAGCCGAGCUCCGAAGAUUAUGCUGUCUGGGAGGACUGCAUAACAACCAAUGGCUUUUUGUCGGCUGGGAAGAUCAACUCACUGCUUCGAAAGUACGUCAAGAAAGCUGUGAAGAUUUUAAACUUUCACAUCAAGGAGGGUCGCGCAGAUAAACUGCCGAAGAAUCUGAGUAGCAUCUCGGUCGAGAAAGGACCUGUCAUUCGAUUGAUCGUGAAUAAAGACAUAUCAGUCGAUAUUCUACCAGCGUUUGUUAUUCCCGACUCUCGCUCAGACCCGUCUCGUAGAGAUUGCCCGUCUUCGUCGCACGUGGUUUGCAAACCGCACGUUCAAAACGAGAUGAUCUGGCGCCUGUCAUUUCACGUGGCGGAGAAAAACCGCAUACGAGCUCUCAGCGAGGGAUGCCGUAUACAGUUGUUACGAAUCUUGACCGAAAUUCGCGACAACGAGGAUCAGCUGAAGAAGCUUUCAUCGUAUCACGUCAAGACAUUGCUGUUCCACGAAUCUGACGUUUAUCCGGACUUCGACGAGUGGAGCGCGGAAAAGACGUCGCGCCGUUUCUUUGGCUUGUUAGAACGACUGAAAAAAGCCCUGAAAGAAGGAAAUCUACCGCAUUAUUUCAUGCAACCACCAGAUUUUAAGCAAGUGAAUUUAUUCGCCGAUCUCGAUGGGAAAACUCUGUCGGACAUGUUAGACGUUGUAGAAGACAUAAUGGAAAACCCAAUGGGUGUUCUUAGGACUGUGGGCCGAGAGCGAAGACAGACUAUGUGGCCGUGGGAAUUAGGCUUAUUUUUACCUGCGGGACUAACCUCCUAAAGCAGGACAGAAAUUCAUUUUCAAUGACCCUUGAAAUCACAGCUGGCUGGCGAGAAACCAAAUCAUGACACUCAUCCACCUCAAGUGAAGAGUCAAAACAGUAUGUGUGAACCGGAUAAACUUGAUGGAAGGCACUUCAGCGAGAGCUGCAAACUUGACGAAUUCAAGAAAUCGUCAGAGGAUCAGAAAACAAUCUAGAAAUACUUGACAUUUGCCACAAAUUUCGUGCUGAGAAGAAUUCACACUCUUUUACUAAAUAUCAUAUUUCCAAGUCAUGUAGAGUGUAAAAUCUAUUUGCGAUCAAGAACGGUGUGCCUCACAAGACAGCCACAAGACACAUAUUUUGGCUCAACGUUUUCAAGUUUCCGCGAUUUAAAUCAAGUUCUGGCUUUCAGGGAAGUUUACAAAGAAUGUUUGGUCUUUGUCUGUUUGCACGAGGCAUAUUUGAAGUUAUUUUCGUCGAAAACAGUCUAGAAAAAAAAAUAUAAAAGAGUAAGAGAUUUGAUUGCUGCAUCAACGCGCAAUUUAACAACAUGCAUCUUCACUUGUUUGUUUGUUUGUUUUUUGUUUUUUCAGAGUGAAUCGAUAUGUAAGUUCAAGAAUAAGGAUACUCUAGGUUUCUAAUAGUACAUUAUUUUAAUGUUUUACCAUUGUUCCUAUCUUGAAAAUAACCAAUGGAAAAAUAACAUAAAUUCCUCAUCAUAACUUA